UUUUGGUUGUAUUAUUGAUAGAGACUCUGAUAUGAUUUUUGGAAAGUUACCGGAAGAUCAGAGAAAGAAUUUAAGGGAAAUCUUAGAUUUACCAUAUCAUAAAUUUGAAAUGAGUCUAAUUAUUUCUGAAUUGGUUAAAGUUCUAUUAGAAAGAUCGAAAAGUUUAAACAAAAGAGAGAUGAUGGUUUCUCUUCCGCCUAUAUCGAUGGACUUUCAAGGAAAUGAUGAGGAAUUUGAAGAUAUAUGUGUGAUGUAUAGAAUGAUAGAUUCAAUAUAG